CGGUACUUUCAGUUUCGUUGGCCGCGCGGCGGUAUCAGAACGGUACCGUUUUCAUCAGUUUUUUUUCCUCAAUCACUCAUUUUAACGCGUCAGUUUCGGUUUUUGUGUGAAUUUUCUUGUGAGAAACUGUGUCCAAAUUAUAUUGUAAUGUAUUUUAAAUGAGGGAUAGGUUCGAUCGUUUUGGGGAGAUGUUCCAAUAAGAUGACGCGUUGGGCCAAAGACCCCCCCAGAAAACUGCCGCCCCACCCCCCGGACCCAAAUGGGGUCACCGACGACCCUUUGGCCGCCCUGGGGUUCACCCAUACCAGAGAGGAAACAAAAAACAGAAAGAGAGGGAGAAACAAAUCGCAAGUGUACGCGGUCAGCAGAAUCAACCCUCUCUACGACCUCUCGCGCAACGGUAGAACCCGUUCGCCCCCGUCCGGUUGCGAAAACUCCUCCGACUCCCUCGAAUAUCCCGAAAAGUCCCGCGGUAAAAAACGCGCAUCCGCGACCCCCCGAUCUCAACCGAAUGCGAGCGAGUUUACGCGAGAAAAAACCCCCGAGAUCGACUACGACGAUCCGCCGACUUCGGAUAAGUUCGAGUCGAAAAAUCGUCGUGAAAAAUCGAGCAGUAGCGGGUACGGCGGGAGUAGCAUGAUGGAGAAUGAUGGGGGUAACGACCGGUUAAGGUUGGUCGAGGAGGCCGGAGUAAUUUUAGAGCAGAAUCCUGCUUACGUGAAGUCCAUUAGGAUCGCAGGCAGAGGGUUUAAAACCACGAAAUCGGUGCCAUCGCAACACUCGUCCUCUUCAGCUGGUGGUACCCUUACGACCAUACCGGAGGGUAGAGUGGACCUCCCUAUACCUCAGCCCAUAUGGCCAGGCCCAUUAGACCAUAGAGGCUUAAUAAAUGCUUACGCUUACGACUCAUUGGUGGACGAAGCCUUACUCUUCUACACCAGUCUUACUAACCACCAUAACAUACAGGACGUCCAACAGAAGUUGGACAGCUACUUCGACCUCUCUGUAAAAGAUUUAUUACUUGAUCUUCUAACCAGUAUAAACCAGACGUUGGAGGGCAAAAGCCAUACACCGGAAGAAAUGCUCCAAAUCAUAAACGGGAAGAUCAAAAUGAAGCUGGACGCCCUGAAGAGUAACACCGAAGAGGAAAUGAAACGUUUGUGCGUCAAUCUGAGCCGGAAUUCGAAAAUAAACUCGGUUUUAAGAGCGUUCAGUCACAGUUCGUCCAGCGGUCACUCGUCGUCCAGUGGCAGACAACGCACCUCCAGCUUGAACGAGGAGGAUAUUUACCAUAUCGCCUCUGGAUCGUCCAGUAGUGGAUUUAGUGAUAGUCCUCCCGGUCAAAGGAGGGUUUCUACACCACUACUACCCCAUUUAUAUGGUCGAAAACACUCAAUCUUAUCCCAUCCAGACUCGACAUUAACCAAAGGCAUCAGAAAUGCCCUGAUUUACGGCACCCUGUGCAGACAUAAAAUGGCCCCGCCCCACAAAGACCUCUCCGGCAUCAUCAUUCAUCCCCACAUCAGGGAGAAACUGGACAAACAGGCAACGCCGCCGGUCAAUCCAGUGGUGGAAAAUGCCGGAAAAACGUGUGAAAAUGUGGGUGCGAAUAGUAAAUCGGGUGGUUUAAAGGGUUUUAACUGUGAUAAACGCGGUUUUGUGCAUUUGGGACGAGACGAACGACCCAGUGUGUGGCAGUUGUAUUAUGGAAUGAAGGCGGAGGGUAGCAAGAGGUAUCCAGAUGGUGAUCCUAAGAAUGUACCUGUGUUUCCUGGAGGUCGUCCGGAAGCCGAUUUUACCCUGGACGUGCCACGGUCCGAAUUGCUAACGAAGCGCCUGCGCGACGACAAAAAAUGGCGGUUCAGGUGCCGGGUGCUGACGUCAUUUUUAGGUUUAGUUUUCUUCCUUUUAUCCGUGAUGGCCGUUAGUUUAAUGCUGACCAGAGGGAAGAGGAUGUUCGGAAGUAUGGUGUAGAUAGAUUCGUAUGAAACUUUCAAAAAACAAAUGCCAUUUUUUUGUGUUUAGUUAUGUUUUUUUCUUUGUGAUCAUAAAAUAUAAUUUAUUGUAAAUAAUACGUUUUUUGUUUAGGUAGUUUUACAGUAUUUAUUAGUGAAUAAAUAUUUAUAUGACGAAUGGA